CCAACACCUGACUUUUCGCUGUACGGUAGUGUCAUAGCAACUAGGGCGGUGGUCUACAAUUGUGUGAAGGUUACGACACAUAAGCGUACACGUGAAAGAUGUCAUUAGAUUGAUUCAUCUCUGCGGUGGGUCUAAUAUGGAGCUUACAUAUGGCGUAACUCGGGGGCAACUUUGAUAUUUUCCCUGCAAAUGCAAAUGAAUGUCAUCCCAUGCCAUAGUUACCAUCGAAGAUACCGCUGUUUUUGACAAACAGAUUAGUGGCCACAGGUCAACAAUACGGUGGGGUUGUAUGCUCAAAACAUGUGACAUCCACCAUUAUAUGUCGCCAGUCACAGUAUAGGACAUCGUUUGAGAUAGACUCUACAGAACGAGUCUUAAAGAUGAUGUCCUCCACGUGCACAGUGUUCAUGUUGAUUUGUGCGUUGUCCACUUCUAGUGCACAGUUCGGCUUCGGUACUAAGCCCCCGUCUCCAUCGACGCCACUGAUAGUACUCACGACCACUGUUUCCACUCCGAAUUCGAAGUUGCCGACUACUUCAGCCGACCAGCUGACAACCACACAACAGGAAGAAACUACACUACCUGGGCUAACAACCGAAAUCGGUACCCCUGAAGCGGAGACUGCCACGGUUACAGCGCCUCCUGGUACUGAGAGUACCACGGACUACAGCAGUCCUUCUAUACAGGGGUUACAGGCAUGGGAAAUCGCUCUUAUUGCAGCCGGGGCGAGUCUGGCCGGAAUACUCGUCAUUGCAGCAGUUGGAUACGGUAUCUACAAAGCAUGUAGGAAACGUAAAAGGGCCCGAGUCGGUUCCCAGCAUGAGAUGGAGUCACAUGGAGAAUGACAGCAGAGUGGCUCCAGACAGCAGCUGUCCUCGUCUGCUUCAGGUCAAUGAACUGUACAGACAUCACUGAAUAGUACACGAUUUGAACAAAAAUAAGACGGCUACUCCAUGUCUGUAACAUGUAAUAUACGUGAUGAGGGCUUUUUAUAUGUCGAUUAGACGACGCUUUAAAUCUUACGAUUUAGUUGUUGUGCUAUAUCUUGAGUUGCUUGACAUUGUUUAGUGCCAUGUGAUGUGACGUGUUAUCUGCACGUGAUUGACAGGCAGCAAGGAGCCAUGGCUCAGCUGAGCACACAAACGUGUACUGUAUAACGCAUCAAUCAGUGGGAUUUUAAUCAGACACUCAAGUCCGAUGACUAACGGGAGGUUAAGAGCUGGAUCCCUGCCGUUAUUACACGUGGGACCAGUUGAGGAAAACUUUAAAACUUACAACACCGGUUACCGCAUCACUAGUCAUACGCUAACGGGCUCGUCAAUGAGACGUCGCCAAAAGCUUUGCGUUCAUUAUUACAAGGGCAGGGUUGCUAACUUGGUGACAGAGUAUACGCAACAUUAUAUAUAGAUAAAUACUAGAUAGAUGUGACGAAGAAUUAAUGUAAAAAUUGAUCAACUUUUCUAUAAUCAUUUAUUUUCCAAAUCACUGUACCUACUUUUGUGUGUCUAUAGUUGUAGAAGACCAUACGAAAGUACCUGUACUUUUGUUGCGACAAUAAAAAGUUAGUCUUUAUGUAA